AUGGAGCCGCUUACAACCCCUAACCCGGACAAAUUCUCAAAGAAAUUGGGGCUGAUCUACAAGGGGUCAAAUAUCAACGGGAAGAUUUGGAUUUUUGUAGAGGAAGGAGCUAACUUCGAAGUUGGGGAUGACUCAGAACAGCUGCUCCAUGGGCGGCUCACUUGCCCGCGGCUACCAACACCUAUUGAGAUCUCUCCUGUAUAUGCGAAGUGUGCGAGAGGGGAGCGGCUUGCACUGUGGGACAAGAUGAGAGACAUCACCCAAAUGUCGGAAGGGAGGCCUUGGUUCAUUGGAGGGGACUUCAACACCAUCCUCUCCACUCGCGAUAGGACGAGAAGCGACACCAAUCGGCAAGUGGAGAUGGUUGACUUCGCCGAGGCAAUAGAGGAUUGCCGAUUGUUGGAUCCGGGCUUUGAUGGCUCGGACUACACCUGGGCAAAGAAUGGCCUCAUGGAAAGAUUGGAUAGAGUGCUAAACAGAGAGGUUUUCGGGAAUAUCCACGCCAACCUCAAAGCCUGUGAAGAGAAUAUUGUCGUGGCUCAAUCUGAGUUCGAGGGAGACCCCUCGGCCCGAAACAGAAUGGAGAUCAACAAACAAAUAGCUGAGUAUGUCCUUCUUCUCAAGAUGGAAGAAGACUUCUGGCACCAAAAAGCGGCUCUCCAUUGGCUCGAAGAGGGUGAUAAAAACACUAGGUUCUACCAAAGUUGGGUGAAGCAAAAGAGAAUUCGGUUGCGAAUCCACAAGAUUAAUGCUAAUGGGAGGGAGCUCACGCAUGACCUUGAAAUCAGAGACUCGGCGGUUGAGUUCUAUCAAAACCUCCUUGCGCCAACUUGCCCGGAGUUGGCUGCCCCCCGGACCUAG